UUCCGGGUCAACAGUAUCCUUCACUAGCAGGAGAAAUGUUGACCCAACUGUCACGGUUCGGUCCCGCUUUGCCGCGGUUACUCGCUAAUCCUGCGGCUCGAUUCGUCUCCCAAUCAAGAACGUCCGGUGCCGCUGCUUCGACCGCUGUGACGGAGCUGCAACACGCGGCGGAGAAGGCUGGACACGGUGAGGUCAGCCAGUAUGUCAAGAAUCCUGAUUACCAUGGCUUCUCAAGCGACCCUGUGGUGGAUGAGUGGAACAUGAGGGUGGGCUUCUUCUUUGGCAUUUCAGUGGCUCUUGUUAUUGGAGGAACAUUUAUCCACUAUUUACCAGAUCAUGGCAUGCGGCAGUGGGCCAGAAGGGAGGCAGAGCGUGUGAUCCAGCAGAGAGAGAAGGAAGAUCUUCCUCUCAUUGAGGAGAACUACUAUGAUCCAAAGAAGAUCACUGUGCCCACAGCUGAACAGGCAUAAGAUUUUCAGCAUCCACUUGCUGUAUUCCAUGAUUCUUGUAUUUCACUAUGAUAAAAUAAAUUAUGUUAAUGUUA